AUGAGUAUCCCAGCGCUUCUCCAGGAGUAUAUUCCUGACCUCAGCUAUUACGAAUCAGUCUACAAAAAUCUCCAUCAAAAUCCUGGACUAUCACUCCAGGAGCAUCUAGCUUCAGAGACUGCUGCAAAGGAACUACGAAAGCUCCCCAAUUUUGAAGUCCGUACAAAUAUCGGUGGCACUGGCCUCAUUGGAAUUUUGAAGAACUCUUCUGGACCUAUUGUUCUUCUUCGUGCAGAUAUUGAUGCAUUACCCGUCAAGGAAUUGACCGGUCUACCAUAUGCUAGCACGAAAAGAGAAGUUGAUGGCGCAGAUGGUAUUGAAAAGGAUGUAAUGCACGCUUGUGGACAUGAUAUGCAUAUAGCAUGUAUGUUAGCCGCUGCAGAAACAUUAUCAAAAGCAAAGUCCACUUGGAAAGGUACGUUGGUGAUAUUGUUCCAACCAAAUGAGGAGCGAGGUGCAGGAGCGAAAGCUAUGAUAGAAGAUGGAUUGUAUGAUCCUGAAAGACACGCGUGUCCUAUUCCGGAUGUGGUAUUAGGACAGCAUGUAAUGCCGCUUGCAGCUGGACAAGUGGGAACGCGAACAGGAAUCUCUGGAUCUGCUGCAGAUAGUUUCCGGGUGACGGUUUAUGGAAAGGGUGGUCAUGCAUCACAGCCACAUAUGACAAUCGAUCCGGUGUUUAUGGCUGCUAAUAUUGUUGUACGAUUGCAAGGAAUCAUAAGUAGAGAAGUAAACCCUCAAGAUUCAGCUGUAAUAACAGUAGGAAGCGUUGUUGCGGGGAUGACGGAGAAUAUCAUUGCAGAUGAAGCUGUGUUGAAGAUUAACGUGAGGAAUUUUAAUCCUGAGACAAGAGAAAAGGUUUUGAAAUCGAUUAGAAGAAUCGUGAAAGCAGAAUGCGAUGCUUCAAAUGCUACGAAUGAACCCCUAUUCGAACCGACGAGCAGCUUCCCCUUCUUGGUCAAUGAUGAUGACAUCACACAAAAAUUAUCAGAUACUUUCGAUGAUGUGUUUGGGGAAAAUCACAAUCAGAAUUGCGCGCCUUUGGGAGGAUCGGAAGAUUUUGGAACCUUGGCAACAGAGGCACCAAACAAAGAGGGUGGAAAAGGUGUACCUUCCUGUUAUUGGCUCUUUGGUGGUACAGAUCCUGAAGUCAUCAGGAAAGCUAAGGAAGCGGGGAGGAUGGAAGAUGUACCAAUCAAUCAUAGUCCAUUAUUUGCGCCGGUAAUACAGCCAACACUCAAGACCGGUGUGGAAGCUUUGGUUGCAGGCGCGUUGACAUUUCUGAAAAGUUAA